ACACGUACGUGACCGACAUUAAAUACCGAGUUUCCAAACCGAGACAGAAGAGUAUUUGACAUUCCAUAAGUUAUAGUAAUCAUAUAGAUUUUAAUGUUUAUGGAACUUUGUUAAAAUUUUAAUGUUAUAUUGGUGUAGGUACAUUAAGGGUUUUAAAAAAAAUUGAUGGAACACUUUGAAAGCUUUGUGUGUGGAUACUAUGAUACUUCGAAGGAUCGGUAUUUUAUAUGAAAAAGCGACGAAAUUUGCGAUGACGUCACUCAAUUCAAGACCUUUUACCGUCCUCGUAGAGGGCAAUAUCGGUAGUGGUAAAACAACGUUUGUAGAACAUUUUAAACAAUUUGAGGAUAUAUCGUUGCUGACGGAACCUGUUGAAGAAUGGCGCAAUUUACGGGGAUGGAACCUUUUGGAUUUAAUGUACAAAGAUCCUGCGAAAUGGGCUAUGACAUUUCAAUCCUACGUAGCGAUGACUAUGUUAGAGAUGCACCGGCGUCCUACGUCGACUCCUGUGAAGUUGAUGGAGCGGUCUCUAUACAGUGCGCGCUAUUGUUUUGUGGAACAUAUGAGAAAAGAGGGAACCAUUCAUCCGGCGCAGUUUGCGGUUUUAGACGAAUGGUUCAGGUUCAUUGACCGAGAGAUACCCAUUGAGGUGGACCUUAUAGUAUAUUUAAGAGCAACCCCAUCGGUGGUUUAUGAGAGAAUAAGGAAGAGGGCUAGGUCUGAGGAGCAAUGUGUACCAUUGAGUUAUCUUGAGGCUCUGCAUUCAUUGCAUGAAAACUGGCUUGUGAACCGCACACAUGCUGAAUGCCCUGCACCUGUCCUCAUGAUUGAUGCAGAUUUGGACCUGUCGCAAAUAACUGAGGAGUAUAAAAAGAGCGAACACCAGAUAUUGAGGCAGGCUGUGAAUGUUGUGAUGCAGUCGCCGAACAAACUAAGUCCAAAGAAACCAAUCACAAGCUCUGCUAUCAAAAUAGUCCCACAAAUGAGACUUUGAUUCAUAAUAUGAUCUGUUAAUAAAAUGAUAUCACUAGUAUUAAAGGUAAACAAUUAUAUAAAAUAAAAUAUGAGUAAUCGAGUUAUGACUGUAAUGUGAUUUAAUUGUGUACCACUGAAUAAUCAACUGAUUUUAGAUAUAAAAUAUGACAUAUUAAAGAUAUUUUUGCCUAAAAUUUUGUUAAUAACAACUGUCAUACAAGUACAUAGUGAUCCCUUGAAUAAUUUUAGAACAUAAAUUACAGGAACAUAUGUUAUAUGUCAUGAUUUUCAUAGAUUUUAUUUGUAGAAUAUGAAUAAUAAUAAUAAAUUUGAUUUCUUCUUUAACAAAUAUCACAAAUUUUCAUUUUAAAUUUAUAAUAAGUAGACAAAGUUAUGAAUAAGUUUGACUUAAUAAAAACUAUAGAUUAAUUUAGUGUUUAUAUAGUAUUAUAGCUUCUAAAAUAAGAUGUAAAAAAUCUUAGUUAAUCAAAUGUUAUGUACCGAUGGACUUUUCAGCAAUUAUUACUACCAAGAAUUGUGUAAAAAUCUUAGUAUUUUUGGUAAUACGAAGUUUAUUACUUAUCUGAAUGUGACUAAUGAUUAUUGAUCAUAACAUUUGUAUUUAUGUGUCGUUAAAACUGAUUUGUGUACCGCAUUUAAGAAUAAAGUGUUGUGUAUGUUAAUGUAUAUUUUUUAUUAAAUUGGUGAAAUAUAUUAGGAAUAAAACAAA